CGUCGCAAAGAUUUUAUUUUAGGUUAUCUUAAUUUUUCUGAUCUGUGGUUGGAUUGCCGUCUGCAGUGGGUUACAUAAUUUUAUCCGCCCUUAAGAUUUAAUAAAAUGCUGGGGGCUAUAAGUAGGGUCGGUAGCGGCUUUCUAGCCGCUAAGACAGUAACCGAAAAAGCACUUACAGAAUGUGGCAAAAUUGCAGCCGUUGCUGGGAACAAGCGAGACUAUGCUGCUGCAGCAGGCAAAGGGCAAGGUAAGGUUGUGGCAGUAAUUGGUGCCGUUGUGGAUGUUCAGUUCGAUGAUAGCCUUCCGCCUAUCCUAAAUGCCCUGGAAGUUCAAAACCGGACGCCUAGACUCGUCCUUGAGGUGGCACAGCACUUGGGUGAAAACACCGUACGUACUAUUGCCAUGGACGGUACUGAGGGUCUCGUCCGUGGACAACCUGUUCACGACUCCGGCUCACCCAUUCGUAUUCCCGUCGGCGCUGAAACUCUCGGCCGUAUCAUCAACGUCAUCGGAGAACCUAUCGAUGAGCGCGGCCCCAUCCCCACCGACAAAACUGCCGCCAUCCACGCCGAAGCCCCCGAAUUCGUCGAAAUGUCCGUGCAGCAAGAGAUUCUAGUAACCGGUAUCAAGGUCGUCGACCUCCUUGCCCCCUACGCCAAAGGAGGCAAGAUCGGUCUGUUCGGCGGCGCCGGCGUCGGCAAGACCGUACUCAUCAUGGAGCUGAUCAACAACGUCGCCAAGGCUCACGGAGGUUAUUCCGUGUUCGCCGGCGUCGGGGAGCGCACCCGCGAGGGCAACGACUUGUACCAUGAAAUGAUUGAGUCCGGAGUCAUCUCCCUGAAGGACAAGACUUCCAAGGUAGCUCUUGUGUAUGGUCAGAUGAACGAGCCCCCCGGCGCCCGCGCCCGUGUAGCUCUCACCGGGCUGACCGUGGCUGAGUACUUCCGUGACCAGGAAGGCCAGGAUGUGCUGCUCUUCAUUGAUAAUAUUUUCCGUUUCACCCAGGCCGGUUCAGAGGUGUCUGCUCUGCUGGGUCGUAUUCCAUCUGCUGUGGGUUACCAGCCCACACUGGCCACAGACAUGGGUACCAUGCAGGAGCGUAUCACCACCACCAAAAAGGGCUCCAUCACCUCUGUGCAGGCCAUCUAUGUGCCAGCUGAUGACUUGACUGACCCUGCCCCAGCCACCACUUUCGCUCACUUGGAUGCCACCACUGUGCUGUCUCGUGCUAUUGCUGAGCUCGGCAUUUACCCUGCUGUGGACCCUCUUGACUCUACAUCUCGUAUCAUGGACCCCAACAUCAUUGGUGCCGAGCACUACAAUGUGGCACGUGGUGUUCAGAAAAUUCUACAGGAUUACAAGUCACUUCAGGACAUCAUUGCUAUCCUGGGUAUGGAUGAGUUGUCUGAAGAAGACAAGCUGACUGUAGCACGUGCACGUAAGAUCCAGAGGUUCCUGUCACAGCCCUUCCAGGUUGCUGAGGUAUUCACUGGACACGCUGGAAAACUUGUACCGCUGGAGGAAACCAUCAAGGGAUUCUCUAAAAUUUUACAAGGAGAGUAUGAUCAUCUGCCAGAGGUAGCUUUUUACAUGGUUGGGCCAAUUGAGGAGGUUGUGGCUAAAGCCGAAACUCUGGCCAAGAGUGCGUAGUUGUUGUAACUGAGGUGGCAAUGUAAUCAUAAAUCAUAAUAAAUCUAGUUAUAAAUAA